GCGAGAAAGAGCCAGCGUAACCGAGGCGACGUAUAGAGGCGGCUCCCCGCGCGCCCUGCGGGGCAGUUCAAAUUAAGGAUAACCUAGAUCCUGCUAUUCUCUGUAAACGGCAUCUAAUUGUGUACAAGAGCUCAGCCAUGCAACCGCCGCCACAGGCUGCCCCACCCAGCGUGGUAGGGCCGCCUCCAGCUGGGAGCCCUCCGAGCAUGUUCUGGUCUGGCAGUUCAUACAGGAGACAGGCAGUCGCUAAUGCACCAGUGGCUGCGGUAACUUGCCCACUGCAACCGGUAACGGAUCCAUUUGCUUUUAGUAGACAGGUGCUUCAAAACACCUCACUGGGCAGUUCAUCCAAAAGCAGCCCACCCGUUUUGCCAGGUUCGGCCCCACCAGCGUUUCUUCAGCACCCUGGUCUGCCUGUGCCUCACACAAAUGCUGGGGAUAGCUCCCAAGGACCCUGUGAGCCUUUGCCGAGACCUCUUUCACAGCCCAGGCCAGCGACAAGUCCAUUUUCCAGUGUGUUGGCCUCUUCAGCACCACCCGGGAGUGCCGAAAUGAGCAGGAGUGCCGAGGUCACUUCCAGCUCCGAACGUGAAGUUCAUGCUCAGUACAUUCCAGGAACGGGUUCUGACAGUUCUUAUGGGGGCCACCUGCAUGGGAACCUGCCUGGGCCUGAUAGACCCCUGAGUGGGCAGAGCCCUCAUGACAGUUCUGUGGCACCAACAACGUCCUACUUCUUCUCUCAGCCUCGUCAGCAAAUGCCAGGGCAGUGGGGGCUGGUGCAGGGAGGCCCACAACCCUCAGGUCAGCAUUAUUGGCCCCGCCCAGAAGGACCUGUUCCAAACAUGGUGCCACAGGCCUCCAGUGUCUCCCACGUCCCUGCUCUGUCCAGCCCGCCUCAGGGGCCUGAUCAUGAGCAGCACAACCCUUCCAUCACAGGACCCUUGACCAGUGGUGGAAGAGAUGAGGCAGCCUGCCUACAAAGUGGAAACCACUCAGCAAGUCACUUUGAUCUUGAAAACUCAUUCAGGCAAAAUUUGAGAGUUGGGAAUACUGGGGCUGGCCAGGAGUUGAGGCCGAAUCCAGGAGUGAAUAAAGAGCAGUUGCCAAACCCUGCUCUUGUUAAUCCAUUCGCUCAGGGAAAUAGCCCAGAAAGCCAUUUGCACUACCCCUUGGGGACUGGGACCAGCCAGGCCCUGCCAGAAGCAGACUCAGGUACGCUCUGCAUGUUUUUCCGAGGGGGAGAGACGGAGAAUGAGGAGACCCUCUCAUCUGAAAAAACAGCCUCUGCUGGCCAGUCUGACUUUGACGGUUUCUCCCCCAGCCCUGGCCUGGCCCCUCCUGCGCACGGGGGAGCAGGCAGUGUUUACCAGGCCUUUCUCAGAGCCACCGGCAGUGAGGCCACGCAGCAGGGAGGAGACACACAACCUUACUUUCCUCAGUCUACAGGCACCGAGCAUGAUAAACCAACCACUAAAAACGCUGCUGUUGAUCUGUGGGGCGACACGGCAGGUGCAGGGACUCAUGACACUGGUGGCUCACACUACGAGAAUGUGGAGAACUUAGAGUUCACUCAGAACCAAGAGGUUCUGCCAAGUGAGCCCCCAAAUUUGGAUGCCUCCUCCCCAGCCGAUCAGCUCAGAUACGGGCCUCUUCCAGGGCCUGUGGUCCCCAGGCUCAGUGUCGCAGGCCAUGCUGGAGGUGGGGGCUCAAACCUCGAGGCCCUGGACACACCACUGCACCCUGUGCGGUCUGAUAGCGUGUCUUCUAGUUAUAGCAGCAAGAGCCACAGGAGUGUUUCCAGUGCAGCCAGGCCCCAAGACUUGGGCACCUUCAUACAGCAGGAAGUCGGAAAACCUGAGGAGGAGGCUUCAGGGAGCUUUUUCAAGCAAAUUGAUUCUUCUCCUGUGGGAGGCGAGACGGAUGAGACCACUGUGAGCCAGAAUUACCACCACAGCCUGUCCCAGCCCUUGACCCCAAGCCCCCCUAAACCUACAGGGAUAUUUCAGACAAGUGCAAAUAGUUCUUUUGAACCAGUGAAAUCCCACUUAGUUGGAGUAAAACCAAUUGAGGCAGAUCGUGCCAAUGUGGUAGGUGAGGUGAGGGGGACCCAUGCCCACCAGAAGUGCAGAACAGCGGCUGCACCACCCGAUGCCUGCCCUGGCAACCUGGAGCAGCCACCAGACAACAUGGAGACCCUCCUCCCACCCCAGGUCUGUCCUCUGUCACUUACCACACCUGCAGAAGUCAGUCACAGGCUUCCACACACUAUGGGGCCAUCCUUGGAGACUAUGCUUCCAACACCUGAGAAGAGGCCCUCGACCCGGGCCCAGGGAGCCAUGAAGUGUGAGAGCCCAGCAACGACUCUGUGGGCACAGAAUGAGCUGCCAGACUUUGGGGGCAAUGUCCUUCUAGCCCCUGCUGCUCCUGUACUUCACAUGCCCGGGAAACCUCAGCCAUCUGAAGUGGUUCAGCCUCCAGACGAGGGAGUGUCUGGUCAGCUGCCCCAGCAGUCAGGCUGCCUCCCCCCUCUGCAGAGCGGGGUCAGCAUUGGUGCUUCUGAGAACCUCGAGAACCCUCCCAAGAUGGGAGAAGAGGAGGCCCUUCUGUCACAGGCAGGUUCUGGUUAUGCCAGUUUGUUGUCCUCACCGCCCACUGAAUCUUUGCAAAAUCAACCAGUCUUGAUUGCUCAGCCUGAUCAGAGCUCUAAUCUGGCUCCGCCCAUUCAUUUUUCUGUGUCCUUGUCGAAUCCUAAUGAGAAGACUCAGUCCUGGAGAGAAGCUCGGGUUGGGGACAGAUCUGCCACGAGUAGUCGUGCUGUUGGGGGUGAUUCUGGAGAAACUGCUUCUCUUUCUGGGGUUCCAGCCAGCUCUCUCAUCUGCUCACCUCUGCCUAACAACCUUGCCCAAAGUAAUUUUCCACAAAUUUCUGGUAUUUCUGAAAUGGUUUCCACUCAACCUGCUAAUUUGCUAGUUCAACCACCAUCUCAUCCAGCUCCAAAGAACUUGCUUCCAGAAGGUCAGAAGAUUCACAGUGCAGAGAAUGCUCUUCCGGAGUUGGUUAAUAGCCCUGCUGGGAGCACAGGCAUCAUGUUGGUGUCGCCCACAAACACUGCCUUGGGACCUCAUAGUAAUAAGGCAAAUCACCCCAGUAAUCGGGAAGAGACUUCGGAAGCCUUAGACUUCACAUUAAAUAGGACUUUGGAAAAUCCCGUGAGAAAAGGUGCUCAGGACCAGCGUGGCCUGGAGAGAGCGCAGCAGGAGCCAGCUCCUUCAACCCCACAAGGGCCCAAAGCAGCAUCUUCAGAACCCUCAAACCCAGAAAGUCCACCAGCACAAGGGCAGCUCCAAAACUCAGCCCAGCCACCUGCAAGUCCAGCUCCAGCUGACCCGGGCCAGCCUCAGCCACCCCGGUCCUCCAAUGCAUCGGUUGUGUCCAGCAACUCAAGCCAGGCAGCCAUGCCGCCAGGCCAGCAGUGGAUGCAGCCGCAGCCCCUGGACUUGGCAGCCUACUACUAUUACAGACCCCCGUACGAUGGCUUCCAGGCCCAGUACCCCUCACCAUUCCCUCCAGAGCCUGGCACAGCCCCACUCUGCUACCAGGACGUCUAUGGCCUAUACGAGUCCAGAUACAGGCCCUACGAUAGUGCAGCUUCCACUUAUGCUGAGAACUACCGCUAUCCUGAGCCCGAGCGGCCCAGCUCCCGGGCAAGUCACUGCUCAGAUCGGCCAUCUGCCAGACAAGGGCAUCCUGAAGGUUACUACAGUUCCAAACGUGGAUGGAGCAGCCAGAGUGAUUAUGCCGGCUACUACGGCGGCCAGUAUGACUAUGGAGAUCCAGGUCGCUGGGACCGGUACCCCUAUGCUUCUGGGUUCAGGGAUCCUCGCCCCUAUGACCGCAGGUAUUGGUAUGACACGGAAUUCGACCUGUACAGGAAAGAAAACUACACUUAUGCUGACAGGCCUGAGAGGUAUGAUGACCCCUGGAGGUAUGACCCUCGCUUCACAGGGAGUUUUGAUGACGACCCUGAGCCCCACAGGGACCCUUAUGGGGAAGACGUGGAUCGGCGCAGCGUGCACAGUGAGCACUCAGGGCAGAGCCUGCGCAGUGCCCCCAGUGUACACAGUCGCCACAGCAGCUUCAGUGCUCACUCACAGCAGAGUCAGGUUUACAGAAGUUGCAAUGUGACUGUGGGUCCUUAUGAGGCCCCACCUCCACCAGGCUCCUUCCACGGGGACUAUGCCUACGACACCUAUGUUAGCAAUUUCACCAGUGCCCAGGGCUUCCCAGAGUACGGCUAUCCUGCUGACGCCGGCUGGCCCGCUGUGGAUCAAGCUCCAUCGAGACCCACUUCUCCUGAGAAGUUCUCAGUGCCUCAUGUCUGUGCCAGGUUUGGUCCUGGGGGUCAGCUCAUCCGAGUAAUCCCCAAUCUGCCUUCUGAAGGACAGCCUGCCUUGGUGGAAGUGCACAGCAUGGAGACACUGCUGCAGCACAUGCCAGAGCAGGAGGAGAUGCGCGCAUUCCCGGGGCCGCUGGGCAAAGACGACACCCAUAAAGUGGAUGUUAUUAAUUUUGCACAGAGCAAAGCCACAAAAUGUUUGCACAAUGAAAACUUAAUUGACAAAGAGUCUGCAAAUCUUCUUUGGAACUUUAUCGUUCUGUUGUGCAGACAGAAUGGGACCGUGGUGGGAACAGACAUUGCUGAACUGUUGUUACAAGACCACAAAACUGUGUGGCUUCCUGGGAAGUCACCCAACGAGGCCAACCUGAUUGAUUUUACAAAUGAAGCCUUGGAUCAAGCAGAGGAGGAGGAGUCGGUGGAGGCCCAGCUCUCGUUUCUCACUGACAAUCAGGCUGCUACCACCAGCACUCUGGAAAAAGAGACGGAGAGGUUCAGAGAGCUGCUGCUGUAUGGCCGUAAGAAGGAUGCUUUGGAGUCUGCAAUGAAAAACGGCUUGUGGGGUCAUGCUCUGUUACUUGCAAGUAAGAUGGACAGCCGGACACAUGCCAGAGUCAUGACCAGGUUCGCUAACAGUCUUCCCAUCAAUGACCCCUUGCAGACUGUCUACCAACUGAUGUCUGGGCGGAUGCCUGCAGCGUCCACGUGUUGCGGAGAUGAGAAGUGGGGAGACUGGAGGCCGCAUCUUGCUAUGGUUUUGUCCAACUUGAACAACAACAUGGAUGUGGAAUCUAGGACAAUGGCCACAAUGGGCGACACUCUAGCUUCGAAAGGUCUCUUAGAUGCUGCGCACUUCUGCUACCUCAUGGCCGAGGUUGGAUUUGGGGUUUAUACAAAGAAAACCACAAAACUUGUCUUAAUUGGAUCAAACCACAGUUUGCCAUUUUUAAAGUUUGCGACCAAUGAAGCUAUCCAGAGGACAGAGGCCUAUGAGUAUGCUCAAUCGCUGGGGACCCAAUCUAGCCCCAUGCCCAACUUCCAGGUGUUCAAGUUCAUCUACUCCUGCCGCCUGGCCGACAUGGGGCUGGCCACUCAGGCCUUUCACUACUGUGAAGUGAUUGCCAAGAGCAUCCUGCAGCAGCCCCAUAGGCACUCCCCCGUGCUCAUCAGCCAGCUGGUUCAGAUCGCUUCCCAGUUACGACUCUUCGACCCUCAGCUGAAAGAGAAGCCGGAGGAGGAAUCCUUUGUGGAGCCCACCUGGCUGGUCCAGCUGCAGCGUGUGGAGAAGCAGGUCAAGGAGGGCGCUCUGGUGUGGCGUCAAGACCCAACUUUCCCCCAGCGCUGUCCCAGCACACCAAGCUCUGAGGUGGGACAGUAUAACGGCCCAGGACUUGAGCAGCCCUUGAACCUGGGCACAGAGAACCCGCUGCUGGUGCCACCUGUGCCCAGCGCCGAGCACUCUGGCCAGGGCGUGUGGCUGCUGCCUUUAGCCCCGCCAGCGCUCCCCGAUGGCCCGCCAUCCAUCCCUGCCACGGUGCCCAUGUUUCCAGUGCCACCCGCAGGCCCUGUUGAGCUGGGGCCUGGCUGUGGAACCCCAGGGUCUGCGCUUGGCGUUGCAGAGCCCUCUGGGCCUGACCCUGCAGCCCUGUAUCCAGGGCGUGGCCUGCCACCCAGCUCACCAGCUCUUCCGGAGAGUGAACACCUGCUCCGGACCCAGGACCCAGGAAUGAUGCCACAGGACACCCGCCGGAGAAGCUCACUGGCGGAACGAAGAGAAGAGGAUUUUGGUGGCAAAUUUGACAAUGUGGGCUCCUCGAGGAUGCUACAGGACUCUGAGGCCCCCCCAGGGUGGGGUGGUGCCAGCCUGGGUGCCCUGCAGCCUCCAUCUCUGACACCCGCUCCUGAAGUGAAGGGCCCGGUACAGGCAGCCAAAAAAGAGACCAAGGAGCCUAAGAAGAGUGCCGAGUCCUGGUUCUCUCGCUGGCUGACUGGGAAGAAGAGGACAGAAGCGUAUUUGCCAGACGACAAGAACAAAUCGAUUGUCUGGGAUGAAAAGAAGAACCGAUGGGUGGACACCAACGAGCCGGAGGAGGAGAAGAAGGCUCCACCUCCGCCUCCAAUGUCACUUCCCAAGGCUCCACAAGCUGCCGCCCCUGGGCCUGGAGGGCCCCCCAGAGCCUCUGUGAACAUGUUUUCUAGAAAAGCAGCUAGAAGUCGAGCACGCUAUGUGGACGUCUUAAACCUGGGUGGGCCCCAGCGCAGUGACCCGGCUCUUGCUCCCGCCGACCUUUUUGCCCCACUUGCCCCGCUGCCAAUCCCGGCACAGUUGUUUGGACCAAACCCAGACCCAGAGGGAGCCCCACCUGCAGAAGGGUCUGGCAGGGGAGGGCAGGCACCAGCUGGGGGUCCAGCCCAUCCAGAACCUUCCUCGGAACCCCAGGUUAUGAGUUCGGCAGCCUCGCUCCCUGCUUCUGACGGUCCAGUGGACAGUCCCCAGGGAGGAGAGCUUUCGCGCUGUAGCUCAAUGAGUUCACUGUCACGUGAAGUGAGCCAGCAUUUUAACCAGGCUCCCAGUGACCACCACCAGGCAGGGGGCCCUCCAGGGGCAUCUGUGCCCUUCUACAACCCUGCACAGUUUGCACAGGCCUCUGCCACCUCGGGAAGUUCAAGGCCUGGGAGGAUUGGCCAGAGGAAGUACCCAGCACUGAGGUAGACUGAUCCCUAUUCUGGAUCAGCAUCUGGAACCUGAAAUUGCUCUCCACCGACACCCAGGCUGACUGCCUGCGACCUCCCUUCCGUCCCUAGAUGGACAAGCAGUAUUUCAGAGCCACGAUGCUCCGCACCUGUCUAGGAAGUGUUGCCAAAGUUAAUCCCACAGCUCCUCUAAGAUCUGGAGAAAAGGAAUGAACCUUUGACUCAGAACCUUUUACUUAAAGAAUGAGUUCAGGAUAAGUGUUCAUAGUCACUUAAGAAUGUUAAGCUAAGUGCAGCUGGGACUCCCUUUGCUGCGGGGAGACUUUGAACCACAGUAACUAGAGCGUCUCUCCAGUGGUGAGUUACUGCCAGAUUCGUCCCACGGUUCCUCUAAGAUGCUGGGAGAAAAGAGUGAACCUGUGACUCAGGAGGGACGCUGAUGCCGGCUCUGCAGCCAGUGUAGCCAGCUCCCUGCCCCAGCAUUUCAAACCGAGAACAGUGAUUGAUGGGCGGUACGUUCCUAAUCAGUCUCCGAGGGAAGGCGGAGUUAACUUAGCAGUAGCUCAGUUAGGUCUGAGAUGCCCUGGGCACCGCGGCGCAUUUCUGUCCUGCAGCAAAGGUGUUUGCAGCAGCACUGAGUUUUCUGGCCCGAUUAGGACCAUGAGGGGUUUCCUGCAACCAGGGAACUGGCUUUUUCUGCCCAUGAGGGGUGAAAGAGCCACAGAACAGAGCUUGUGCUCCAAGUGUGACUGGUCCUCACUGAUCAGCCAGUGUCAAAGCUGUGACUGUAAUUUAUCAAUUUGGGUCUUUUUAGUGAGUAGCCUGGUUAGACGCAUCGUCAGAACAGCCGUAUGGUUGCUACACUCUGUACACUGGCCGAUGCCGUGUUUCAGCUGGCUGGCUUCGGAGCACCAUCCAGCCCACAUGCUUCCUCUUACCUGAGUGACAUCAUUGGCAGCAUCUUGAAGAAAGCAGCCUAAAAUAAUUUCUUGACAGAAGCUCUAGAAGUUGAUAUUUCGGCCCCUGAAUUUUUUCCACACUGAGACCUUCAGUCGCUAAUAUGUUGACUCUCAGCCAUAUGAACCUGCAAAGAAAGACCUUCCUCCUACCGGCCUCAAAGCUUUAAGGCUUCAUCGACUGUUCUUAAAACCAUUCACAUUCUUGUUAAGCCUAAAGAGACUGGGGAAAGAUUUAAAUAUUUAUAAAAAUCAUUAGGAACUAAUUUCUGUAGUUCUGCUUGGUAUUUUAAAUCUCAGUGUAGGGUCCUAUGAAAGUGGACUCAGCACAGGUCCUCCCAUUUUCCUGGGUCACGUGAUCAUCUAGGAAAGACCCCCAGAAUGUUCCAUAGACAUGUAUGACUGGACCCAUUUGUUCUUUCACUGGGAAAGGCUGACCUCGUUAGGGGCAUCUCUUGUGUCCCAAGGUCAGUGGGGUGUGAUUCCUGGGGCCUGAGACUCUCCUGCCCUUGGCUUCCUCCAGCCCAUUGUUCUCUGUUAGUGUCUUUUGAUUCAAGAAGCUUCCUUCAGGUGGGAGCUGCUAUUUUUCCUAAAUGCAAAUUGUUACACUGCAAAUUGUUAAAUAAAAUAUUUUGGGCUCUGAGCGCUCA